AACGUGCGACUGCAACUUCCCAUGGGACAAGGGCAUCCGACGCGAUGCUAUGCUGGCGCCGGCCUUCCAGUUGCCUGUUCUGGACCUGCAGGACCGCUUGGCCCUGGAUGCUGCGGAGCACUGCCGUGCCGUGCGCCGCGCGCUCUCCGAGAAGCAGAGGAAUCAUGCCAUCUCUGGAAUAAAGAAGCGCCAGCAGCAGCUGCACGAUGACGAGCAACAUCAGCUCUUGCGGGAUCAGCAGCAGCUGCUGGAAGAUCAACGGACGCAACUGCAGGAGCACCAGCGUGUCUUGGAAGAGAAGGAGAGUCAGCUCCGUGCCCAAGCGAAGCAAAUGCUGGAGGACCGGCAGGUGGCCGAGCGCUGGGAACACCUGGCGGAGUUCCGGCAACGGCAGCUGGUCAUGGAGGAGAACCAGAUGGAAGAGCUUCAGGCGCGGCUGGAGGAAGGUGUCGACGCUUUUGCGGAGCAGCACAGCAGCUACGCCUUGUGCCUGCAGCACUUCGCGCAGGAGCGACUGAAGACCCAAUCUUUGGAGACAAAGUUGAAGUCCUCGGAACUGCAACACCAGGAAGAGCUUCGGAACUUGAAGGACGCCAUCCUUCCACUGCGGCCCACCCCUUCGCGCUGCUGCCUCUUCGCCGGAGCCAGCGGCGCUUCUGCGCCGCUCGCGCCGGGCCGACUGUGGGGGGCCGACCGGGCAUCCUCGGUGAUGUGGGGCUCCAUCCCAUGGCGGCCCAUGCUGCAGGAUGGAGAGGCCCAGACGGAUGAGGACGCCAUUGUCCGCGGUCUGGAGCAAGACCUGCAGCACAGCUUUCAGCAGCAGAGCCACCUGGAGCAGCGCAUCCGAGGUCUCGAGGAAGAGCUGGAAGAUCGAGCUCAGUUGCAGGAGGAGCUGAUCCAGGCCCAACGGAGCCUGGAGCUGCCAGAGCACGUGGUGCAUGCCGAGCUGAAGCAAGCCUAUGCAGAUCUGAGGGACAAAGACUCAGCGCUGCGGGUGGAAGAGGACAGAGCGGAGACGCUGCAUCAUGCGUGCGAGCAACGGGUGGAAUUGGCACGGGAUCAGGCUCAAGCGUUGAUGGAGCAGACUCGAAUCCAGGCCUCACAAGCAGCCUUGGACUACCAGACGGAGCGGGAACGCACCGGUCUUCUAGAGGAGGAGAUUCAGAGCGCAAAGGCUUUGGAACAAACUCUCAGAGAAGAGUUGGACGCGUCCAGGGAGGAGUUCCGACUCACCUGUGAGGAGGCGGACAUCGAGCAACGGAACUUGCGCGCGUCGCUGGAUGCUCAACUUGAGCAGUUGGAAGAGCACAGCUCGCGUUUCCAGCAGGAGCGGCGCUUGCAAGAGCAUGCGGCCAGCUAUGAGAAGGAGUCCUGGCGGCGGUGCGAACUGCAGCCCGCCCUAGAUCAGGCGAAAGCCUUGCGUCAGCUCUUGGCGGAGGAUCAAAAGCAUGCAGAGGCAUUGCAGCUGGACAACCAUGCCAUCCUGCUGGAGGCGGCGGAGAAGCAGGCGCAGCUCUCCUUCACGUCCACCGAGCUCAGCUUCGCCCAAGCCGAGGUGACGUCUUGGAAGCGCUCCGAGCUGGACGAGAAGCUCCGAAAGGAGGACCUGCUGCGAGAGGCAGCGCAGCAGCAGCUUCAGCUGUCGCUGGCCUCGAGCGAGCUGCGGGACGCUCAAGCCGAGGUGACUGCUUGGCGCGGCGUCAUGGCCAAGCGGGAAGGAGAGGUGAACAGUUCCCGGUCCAUUGCGCCCCUCAUCCAGCCGUGGGCGCCCAUGGACACCCCUCGGCUGACAAGGGACGUCCCACAGGCCAGGUCUGUGGCAGAGCCUGUGGCUGUGGCAGAGCCAGUAGCUGUGGAAGAGCCAGUGGCUGUUCGCGCAGAUGAGGCCACGGCCGCCACGGCCUCUUUGCGGUCGAGCUUCUCACGGUCGAGUCACCACGGUCUCCACGCCGAGUUACGGUCGACGGUCGACACCCUGACGCCCAGCUUCGCGUCGCGGAGCGCCUUGCCGUUGGGUGACGUUGACCCGGAGAAGGAAUAACUUUUUGGAGACAACUCACAUGCCAAAGUCUUCGCAUGUGGCGGUUGUGACAAUUCAUGCGUAGCAUGGCGGGAUCCGGCCCACUCUCUUGUGGCCAUCUGUCACCUUUUCCAGCGGGCUAAAUGGCUGGCAACAACAUCGGUGACGGUUGCAGACAUGUCGGAAA